CCGAGCGAAAGUCUAGCAACAAAAGUGUUUUUUGGUUUGAGUAACUGAUGUUUUUUUUUCUGUUCGUUGCUUCGGUCAGCUUCACGACAAUUAGUAGUUAGCAUUCAGAGCUUCACACGUCGUUUCUGUUAUAAGGGAUAUGAUGGAAAUGGCGACCUCAGAGGUCCAACAAAAAACCGGUGCUUUGCCUCCUUCAGCUCUGCGCCUCGUCGUGACGCCGCUGCGCCUCAUGUCUGCUUUCCUGUGGCAGGUGGUUCAGCGUCACAACGUCACACACUACGGUAAACUCGAGCAGUUUGUCAUGCUGGUGUCAGAAACGGUACCAGACAUCAUGAGUCAACAUCUGCUCUAUAAACUUGUCUUUCAUUUAAGGAAAAAGGUGAUAUUAGAGCUGUGUUUUAAGGACAAAACGCCUGACGUAUGGAUCAUUCAAGCACAUUUGGACACGCUGCGCAACCUGACUAACAAAUGCAAUGACAUAGAGAGUGAAGUCAUGAAUAACAAAUUUAUAAAGAUGAUCCAUAACAUCUUGGAUGACACCGAUAAGAGGGAGAGCUUCCUGCAGAAUGUCCUUCCUGUAGAGUAUGGAUCUGGGUAUGAUGCUGUCCUGCAGAGCUUAGCCUGGGAGUUCCUAACUCGAGUGGAUGAACUCCUGCCUGUUCCAAACCUCAAAGAGACAGCUUCGUGGCUCUGUGGCGGUCUGUCUGCCAUGGAGGACAUCGUCCAGCCGCUCUCUGACCCCGUGGAGCUAAGGGACGUGCUGCAGCAUUUCAAAACUAAAAGGAACAAAAUCAGUAAAGAGCCAGACUUGUGUCCAUCUUCCGUUCAGCAAGAGGUGGUGCUGCCUGCCAGUUCUAUCCCACAAGAGAAAAUCUUACCUCCUUCAUCCGUUGCACAAGAAACCAUCAUUAUAACACAAGCACUUAGAGAAAAUCAAUCUGAAUCUGACCGUGCAGCAGCCACUAUUAUGAGCCCCGUCCACAGUGACAGCGAGGAGGAGGAGGAGGAGCCUUUAGACAGCGUGGAAACAGAGAUUGAGACAGAACUACAAGAAGAGGCGAUUUACCAAGAGAACAGUACAGGAAUGUGCGAAGUCCAGCAGAUCUACCUCACUGCAGACGGCUCUACCGUUAUCGUGUCAGAGUUGGACAAUAGCGGAGAGGAAGCAAAUCAGCUGCAGUUUCUAGAACAGUCAGAUGUAGUGGAGAAUUCUGAGGUGAGGGAAAUAAGCAUGGAGGAGUGGAUCUCGGAAAUAGCAGGGAAAGUUCUUCCUCUGUCAGUCAUGCCCCCUUCCUCUAACAUAGACAUCCUUACAGAGGAAACGGCAUUCAUUCCCUUUAUUGAAAGACCCCCAUCUAUAAAAUCCAUCAUCAACAGAAAAAGCUCCCCCACUCAAGCAACGGGCAGCAGAAAGGUGAUCACAGUGCCUACCGAGUCUCAGGUGAACCAAGACACGGGUGAGAAGAAGCACACGUGUCGUGUGUGCAAGAAGGAGUUUCGUUAUGAGUGCCAGCUGAAGAAUCACAUGCGCACACACACCGGAGAAAGACCGUUCCAGUGCUCGGACUGCGGCAAAAGCUUCCGGUGUCUCAGUUUCCUGUCCAGCCACAUCAAAACACAUUCACUGUCCAGACCAUUCAAAUGCACACAGUGUGCCAAGACCUUCCGCAAGAAAGCCGACCUCAUCAAGCACGUUCGUGUGCACACCGGGGAGAAGCCGUACAAAUGCAAUAUCUGUAGUAAGAGCUUCUCACAAGGCUCGUACCUGAAGAUUCACCGCGAAUGUCACACGUCAGAAAACCUGCACCAGUGUCCACACUGUGAGAAAUUCUUCCCCACUGCGUUCAAGCUGGCGAUACACAUUCGCUACCAUUCAAUGGUCCGCUCCUACACGUGCAACGUCUGCGGUAAGAGCUUCAUCUACGCCAGCCUCCUAAGGAGACACAAGGGCUAUCACAUGGGUGAGCGCAAGUACCUGUGCACUAUAUGUGGCAAGUCCUUUGUGUACAUGUUUGACCUGAAGAAGCACCAGCGCAAUCACGAGAAGCCUCGCGUGCGUAUCCCGUGCAGGUUGUGCCACAAGACGUUUGCGGGGCCAGAGAUGCUGCGCUGCCAUCUCCGCAUCCAUACAGGAGAGCGGCCCUUCGGCUGCAAGGUGUGCGGCAAAACCUUCUCACAGAUCGGUAACAUGAAGAGGCACGAGCGUGUGCACACGGGCGAGCGACCAUACGUCUGUACCGAGUGUGGGAAGACUUACAAGCACUCGUCACACCUGAAGAACCACAUGCUGAACCACACGGGCGAGCGGCCAUGGCGGUGCGCACAAUGCGGAAAAAGCUUCAAAUUCCAAGGGCCGUUGAAGAAGCAUGAGCAAACGCACCUAGCCGAACGGGCUGAACACACCCGGGGGCGCAAAAGGCAUGAAAAUAAAAAUACUUAAAGGAUGUGGACACCUUUUCAACCUGUUGUUGUAUUAGCGGAAUUCUGAAUUCCAGUUUGAUGUAUAUUUAUAUAUAUCCAGAACUUGGAAAGGUUUUCCCAAGUGUCAAACCUUCUUGUACGAACAUCAAAAAGGUCACGAUUUGGUUGAAUCUGGUUUAAACUAAAUCAGCACUGAUCAUUGAGUGAGUUGAUUCACUUAAGUAUUAAAUGGAAGAUCAAUGAUAAGAUGGGACUUACCAAAGAAGUCUGGUGGCUCCUAACAAGUACAUACAUACUGUAACAACAACAUACAUGAGAGAAUUUCAGCGUGAGAUUCAGGAGUAUUUCACAAGUGGGUGCUUUCAUAACUAGAAAUCAUAUUUUCAUAUGUUUGUUUUUUUUUUGUUUAAUUGCCACCAUUUCUUUAAAACUAUGAUCAGAACCACCAGAAAUACUAAAUCUAUUUUUGUAAUGAUCUAGCAGACUUGAGUGGAUCAGUGGUCAAUAUAUUAGUAAAUAUCCCAAACUCAUGCUCUUUUGAUUUGUCUUCCAAAGUCUUCCUUUAAAUCAGAUAUUGAGGUGACAUUUAAAAUAAAUCUCACCUCACAAUGAUGCAGAUAAUAAAAGAAAAGCCUGUGGUUUAAAAUUAUA